AUGGUGUAUGGGGGCAAGCCAAGUACCGGAUGUUACCUGUGUCGCAAGCGGAAGAUAAAGUGCGAUGAAGCACACCCGGAGUGCCGGAACUGCAUUAUCUAUGGCCGCCCAUGUCCAGGGUACCGGCCGGAUGCUGUCUUCCGCAACGAGACCAGGAAGGUCGAGCGGCUGAUGAAGAGCAGUGCCAACGUAAAUACCCGCAGCAAUACCUCCACGCAAGGCAGCUCCUCAACCUCGGACUCAUCUAUAUCAGCCGUCUCGCACCGCCGACGCGCAAGCUCACAUGGAAGACACCAUGGCAAGGCUACCUUGACACUAUACUCGCCCACUGACUCCAGCUGGGAACAACGAGCACUGUGCUACUUCUUCGACCAGUACACCAUCAAAGCCGAUGCCGAGGAAGGCGGACAUCUCGACUAUCUGCCCCCGCUGUAUGCGCGCGAGCUCGGGCGCCAGAGCGAAGCGCCGUCUUCCUGUUUGCGGUGGGCGGUCGAGGCUACGGCCCUGAUGACUCUCGCUAAUGCUAAAAAUGCCCCGCCUCUCAUGAUCAAGGCGCGGCAAGGCUAUGGGCGGGCCUUGCGUGGUUUGCAGGAGGCGUUAGCAUCGCCGGCUAAUGCGGUUAAGGAUGAAACGUUUGCUUCGGUUGUUUUGCUUUCACUGUAUGAGGAUAUCUCGGGUGAACGGAAUGGGUUGUUCAGCUCGCAUACAGCCGGCUUUGAGUUCUUGACGAAGCUCCGUGGAAACACACUGAUUGGUCAUCAACGUGGUCGAGAUAUGCUUACUUUUGCUUAUGCCCACACGUAUGUUGAAAUCCUCGCACUGGGAGACAGGCCCCGCUUCGAUAACGAAUGGGUCCUCGGCAUGCUAGACAUCAACAUACCAGUCGAGCGGCUCAUGCUCACUGCAUCAAAGCUCUGCCAGUUAUUUGUACAUAUAAGGUUUUCACCAAAGCCCGCAGACCAAGCAGCCGUCGAAUCAUGGAUCGCGUCCGGCCGCGAGUACGACAUCGAACUCUCCCAGUGGACACAAACCCUCCCAGACCGCUGGCUCCCACUAGUCGUCUACUCAGCACAGGGCGAGCCCCUUCUAACCUACAACCGCCUCCACAACGCCGUGGUCUGGAACUACUACCGCGCAGUGCGCGUGAUGAUACAACAGCUUCUCCUCGGCCUAAAUAGCACACUUGUCUCCAUCAAAGCGGCCAACAAGCAAUUCUCCAGUCCCGAGGAUACCAGCAGUUCUGAGCCCGAGUCCGAGUCCGUUCUCGACGAGCCAGCUCUGAGAGCUAUCAUCCGCGAAAUGACCACAGACGUCUGUCGCAGCAUCCCCUUCGCACUCUCUGACGUCGACUCCCUCGGCCGUCCGACUAAAUCAGAUGGCGCGUGGCAAAUGCGCGCUGCACAGGGCUAUGGCUUGCUCUGGCCCCUCUGGUAUAUUCUCUCCUCCGGCAUGCCGACUCCGUCGCAGGUGGAGCUCAUUCGCACUGUGCUGUCUCGUGUCGGAUCCACGCUCGGCAUUAAAUUGGCUUUGGUUCUUGCUCGUGAGGCGGAGCGUAUCCGCGGAGAGCGACAUGACACUCAAGGUGAAAUUCUUGGUCGAAACUUCCCACGCGGUGCGUGCAAUCUUGGUAACCAAACUUGA